AUGGAGCAACCAAUACUGUCAAUCAUCUCGAAGGGCGACAACUCGCAGAAGACCACUCCGCAUCUCUUACCGUGUCGCAUCCAUCACAGUGGCCCGGUCGAGCCCAUACAGACAUACUGGGCACCACAGGAGCAAGACGGACAGAAGACUGCGUAUUUCAGAGGCCGCAAACUCCAUGGCAAGACGGUCAGAUUGCCCGAGGGCUACCGUGGAGUAGUGAUGGAGAGGAAAGAGCCCGCAGAGCCAAAUGCUGCCAGGCCAGAGGAGCCCGAAGUCAUCGACGUCGAUGCAGCUGAAGAGCCGGAUAUGGGAUCGCUGGAGACCAAGGCCGAAUUCGACGAGCUGGUUGUAUGGGGGCACGAGGCUACGGCGGAUGCGAGCGCGGAUCCGUACGUGAGAAGCGUGGAGGAGUGGUUGACGGUAGCCGAACAGAUACAUUCAUACGUAGCAGCGGAUGUCAUCACGAUAGAUUGA